AAAGUGAACAAAGAUUCCAAUCGCAGCAUGUGACGAUGGGAAAAUGUCGCUCGAUCAACAUACGAAACUCUACUUGAGUCUGGCAUUCGCUGCUGGUAUCUUGAUCACUCUCGGAUACAAGGACUUCUAUCCAGAUCUCGAACGACGCUAUCACGAUCGCCUGAGGAAUAAUCGCCCAGCAGCUGCUAUCCGCGAGGGGAUCGAGGGAGCCAUUGGAAACACUCCCCUGAUCCGCAUCAAGUCUUUGUCUGACGCCACGGGCUGCGACAUUCUGGGCAAAGCAGAGUUCCUCAAUGCCGCUGGAAACUCGCCCAAAGAUCGAGUCGCUUUGUCGAUGAUUCAGAUGGCCGAGGCAGAAGGCUUCCUGACUCCAGAUUCGGGCGACAUAGUCUAUGAAGGCACAGUCGGCAGCACUGGCAUCUCGCUUGCUGCCAUUUGUCGCGCAAGAGGUUACACUGCACACAUCUGCAUGCCGGAUGAUAUUGCUUCGGAGAAGUCGGACCUACUACUACGCCUUGGUGCCGUCGUUGAGCGUGUUCGUCCUGCCUCCAUUGUGGACAAGGGCCAAUUCGUCAACAUGGCUCGCGCUCGCGCCCGGCAGCACACUUCCGAUCCUGAUCAGAAAGGUCGUGGCUUCUUCGCCGACCAGUUCGAGAAUCCUGCCAACUACAUGGCACAUCUUCACGGCACUGGUCCCGAAAUUUUCGAACAGACUGCUGGUCAACUUGAUGCUUUUGUCGCUGGUGCAGGUACCGGAGGCACCAUCUCCGGCUGCGCACUGUAUCUGAAGCCUCGCCUGCCCAAGAUGAGGGUUGUUCUGGCAGAUCCCCAAGGUAGCGGUCUUUACAACAGAGUCAAGCAUGGUGUCAUGUUCUCACCCACAGAAAGAGAAGGCACUCGUCGUCGUCAUCAAGUCGACAGUAUAGUCGAAGGUAUCGGCGUGAACCGUGUGACCCACAAUUUCGAAGCUGGUAGAGAGCUUGUAGAUGACGCUGUACGAGUCACCGAUGAUCAAGCUAUGAUGAUGGCUCGUUGGUUGGUCGAGCGCGACGGUCUCUUCGUGGGCAGUUCUUCGGCUGUCAAUUGCGUUGCUGCUGUCAGGACUGCACUUGAGCUUGGUCCUGGUCAUCGUGUUGUGACUAUCCUAUGUGACUCUGGAACGAGACAUCUGUCCAAGUUCUGGGCCAAAGCGGGGGCCGUAGGAGGAGACGACGAGGUCACCAUGGACAAUAUCUUGAAUCCAAAAGAGUCGGCGUCUUGA